AUGUCUCUUCAGAUAUGGAAAGUCACCAAGCCUUGGCUCGAGAUCAAGUGUGCAUUGGGAGAAGGUCCUUACUACAGUAAAGAACAUAAUCAUUUGCGCUUUGUGGACAUCUUCGACAGGAAGCUUCACAUCGUGGACUUAGCCAAGGGACCAGGAUCUUUGCGAACAAUAGACACAGGCAUGGCCGUAGGCGUGACAGCAGAUAUUAAAGACGAGCAUGAUUUUAUCCUCACCGGAGCCAAAGACGGUGUCACCAAGUUCAACCUCGAGACGGGAGAGCAUGAGUACAUCACUAAACUCUGGGCCGAAAGCGAAGGCCCAGAGAAGGUAAGAAGAAUGAGAUCAAACGAUGGCGCAGUUGACAGCGCUGGCCGGUUCUGGCUGGGGACGAUGAAUGACCCGAAGGAGACAGAGAUCACUAACGAAGCAGUACUGUUCCGACUUGACACGGACGGCAUCUUGCACCGCGUGUUGGAAGAGGUGUCAGUCGCCAAUGGCAUUAGUUGGAAUGAAAAGGACGAUACCAUGUACUGGACCGAUACGCCAACCAACAAUGUGUUCGCUUUCGAUUUUGAUGCCAAAAGUGGAAAUAUCUCAAACAGGAGAGUCUUUUAUCAUCAUCCUGAUGACGAAUCCUAUGGUAACCCUGACGGACAUGCUAGAGAUGUCGAAGGCAACUUAUGGCAUGCUUGUUAUGGCGGGAGCAGAGUCGUCAAGAUCUCCCCCGAAGGCAAGCUAGUAGGCGAGAUCUUGCUACCGACACGAAAUCCGACAUGCCCGGUCUUUGUUGGGACAGAGCUUUUCAUAACGAGUGCUCAAGAAGAUGAACCUGAAAGAUACCCUGAAUCUGCCAAGUGUGCUGGAUGUGUCUUCCGCGUCGACGUUGGUGUCGAAGGAAUGCCGAAGCAUAAGGCUCGAAUCCCAUGA